AUACCCUAGCGUCGUUUACAAAUCGUCAAAAACUAGGCAAUCCGCUAUACUCACACGUCAAAUGUCAACUUCAUUACCGUUAUUUAAUAUAUUUUUUGUUGGCAACAUAAAACAUUUUCAGAGUGACCAACAUCAAAAGGACACAACCACUAUAAAAAUGGCGGCCACCAUGCAGUGGUCAUUUUUGGGUAUCGCGGCCAUAUGCAUUAGCAGUCCAGGUAUAUUUUUAAGUUCGUGGGCGGGGCGGAAUAGUCUGCCACCCAAGAUGGCCGAUUGAUUCUGAUUGUCUAAUUUUUGACGUACAUCAAAUAUGACAAUAGUGACAUUUUAACUGUCGUAUUUGACGAUUGACGAUUGUCUUUUUUAAGUUUUCUUUGGGUGGAAAACAAGCCAAGCCUCAUGAUUUUCUUCCAAUUUAAAGUUUUUAAGUAAUUUUAUAGCUUUUUGUAGUUUUUUUGAGUUCUGGGUUGAUACAUUAUUUUACAAACGUGCCAACAUCGAAUCAUUGUGCAACUACAUAGAGCAGGAGACAGGACGAGAACGUCUUCUAAGGUAAUGGAGAGAUAUGAGAAAAUUAGUAAAAUAGGCGAGGGAAGCUAUGGGGUGGUGUAUAAAUGUAAGAAUAGGGAUACUGGCGAAAUUGUCGCCAUAAAAAAAUUUACCGAGAGCGAAGAGGAUCCACUGAUACGAAAAAUCGCUUUGCGUGAGAUUAGACUUUUAAAGAAUUUGAAACAUCCAAAUCUAGUAAAUCUCUUAGAAGUGUUUAGGCGUAAGCGCAGAUUACAUUUAGUGCUAGAAUACUGCGAAAAAACAGUAUUAAAUGAACUGGAAAAGUACCCUAGAGGCGUUCCAGAAUUGGUAACUAAACAAAUAGUCUGGCAAACUAUUCAGGGCGUAUCGUAUUGUCAUCAACAUGGUUGUAUUCAUAGAGAUAUUAAGCCAGAGAAUAUUUUACUUACAUCUAAUGGCGUGGUGAAACUAUGCGAUUUUGGCUUCGCUCGAAUGUUAAAUCCAGGGGAGAAUUAUACAGAUUAUGUGGCAACUAGAUGGUAUAGAUCACCGGAACUUCUUGUUGGCGAUACUCAGUAUGGGACGCCGGUAGAUAUUUGGGCAAUAGGUUGUGUCAUGGCGGAGCUUAUAAAAGGAGAAGCCCUUUGGCCAGGAAAAUCUGACGUAGACCAACUUUAUUUAAUCAGGUGUACUGUGGGCGAUUUAUUGCCAAGGCACAUGCAGGCCUUUAAAAGUAAUGAUUUUUUUCAAGGGGUUAUUUUGCCGCAACCCCAGCAGCUGAUUCCACUGGAAGUGAAGUUGCCCAUGUGUAAUGGACUUGUGAUAGAUUUCUUAAAGAAAUGCCUGGACAAGGAUCCCUCUAAAAGAUGGACGUGUACCGAGUUGAUGAACCACGAGUAUUUUGAAAAAUUUAGUUUUAAAAUUGACGAAAUAGAAAGUAACGCUAGUAACGCCAAAGAGGAAAAAAUUAGAAAUCGGUCAAGGAAUUCUAAUAAUGGAUGCCCCAUGUCAUUACCACAACUACCCUUAAGUAAUAAAUCAAUAAGCCCCAGCAGACUUCAAGACAAUAAUCAAUCAAAGUCAAAAAUUGAGCAUUUACCAACCAUUUGACAAAAAUUAAACUUUUUUAAAUAGAAAGUAUCUCUAGUACUUAGGCGGGAUAUGAUUUUGACAUAUUAAGGUCUUUAGACAGAUUUGGAAGGUCAUGAAUGAAUACGUACUCAUAAAAUCUGUAAAUCAUCUUCUGUUUUAUUCUAAAUGCAUUAGAUGAUAAGAAAAAAAACAAUCAUUACAAAAUGUGUGUUGUAUUAAGACAUGAAAUAUUUUAAUGAUGCAAUUUAGAAACAAAAAUUAAAGUAAGUUAAGUGUGUAUAUAUUAUUAUACUUUUUAAAAUAGGAUAAUAGUUACCAAUAUCGCAGUGUUCAAUAAAUUUAUAUUUUUGUAAUUAAGUAAACUAUUGGAAUGUUUUGAUAGCCACUUUUG